CACAGGUUGCCUACCUGUCUCGCAUAACUCUCCACUAACCUAACCUCCUCGCUCACGCUCUUUUCACAAAAGAGAAGUAAAGAAUGUUGCUCAGUCCAGCCUUCUCCGAAUCGCUCUCUGAUUGACUCCGCCCUCAAAAGUCUCGCGACUGACACAUUUGACAUUCUCUCAGAAAAAAACUCCGCUUUUGUGGUCGAGGUCGUCAGAAACCUCUCGGGUUUCCUCUCUUUUCCCAGAGCUGCGAGGAGAGUGUCGCCUCUUGAGUGUCGACUAUGCUGGACCCGUCCUCCAGCGAUGAAUCUGAGGGCGAACUACCACCUGAGGACGAACUACCCGUUAAAACCGGGAAACCUGUUAAAAAGAGUCCCAAAUCUGAAAAGACGUCGGACACACCGCGAACCCAAACCAAGGAACCGGUCCCAUCUCCCGCCGAUGUGGACAAAAUCGAGCAGGAGAGACUUAAGAAAGAAGAAGCGGAGAGGAAAAUUAAACUACAAAUGUAUGUGUUUGUGUUGAGAUGUAUCGCGUAUCCGUUUAACGCCAAACAGCCUACAGAUAUGGCUCGCCGUCAGCAAAAGCUGAACAAGCAGCAGCUGCAGGUGCUGAAGGAGCGUUUCCAGGCCUUCUUGAAAGGAGAGAUGCAGAUCGUCGCAGAUGAGGCUUUCUGCAACGCUGUGCGCAGUUACUAUGAGGGCUUCUUGAAGAGCGAGCGAGUGGCGCGCAUGGUACAGAGUGGAGGCUGUUCUGCCAGUGACUUCCGCGAGAUCUUCAAGAAGAACAUCGAGCGUCGAGUGCGCAGCCUGCCUGAGAUCGACGGCCUGAGCAAAGAGACUGUCCUCAGCUCCUGGAUCACUAAAUACGACGCCAUCUACAAAGGAGAAGAGGACCAGCGGCGGCCACAGGGACGCAUGCCCUUCAGCGCUGUAUCCGAACUCAUCCUCAGCAAAGAACAGCUGUACGACAUGUUCCAGCAGAUCCUGGGAAUCAAGAAGUUUGAACAUCAGCUGCUCUACAAUGCCCUGCAGCUGGACAAUGUGGACGAGCAGGCAGCGCAGAUCCGCAGAGAGCUGGAUGGGAGACUGCAGCUGGCCGAGAAAAUAGCCAGAGAGAGGAAGUUUCCAAAGUUUAUUUCCAAAGACAUGGAGAUGAUGUACGUGGAGGAGCUCAGGUCAUCCGUUAACCUGCUGAUGGCAAACCUGGAGAGCCAACCUGUGGCCAAAGACUUCAAGCCCAAAAUCAAGCCCAAACUCACACCCAUGAACAGCUUCCUGGACAUCGGCGAUGAGAGCGACUUGCCUCUCUCCAAAUCUGACGUAGUGCUCUCGUUUUCUUUGGAGAUUGUGAUCAUUGAGGUGCAGGGGCUGAAAUCCGUUGCUCCUAACCGGAUCGUGUACUGCACCAUGGAGGUGGAGGGAGGAGAGAAGCUCCAGACGGAUCAAGCCGAGGCCUCCAGACCACAGUGGGGCACACAAGGAGAUUUCACCACCACACACCCCCUGCCCGCAGUCAAAGUCAAACUCUUCACCGAAAGCACUGGAGUCCUGGCUCUGGAGGACAAGGAGCUGGGCAGGGUGGUCCUUCACCCCACUACAAACGGGCCCAAAACAGCAGAGUUGCACAAGAUGGUAGUGCCUAAGAACAGCCAAGACGUGGAUCUGAAAAUCAAACUGGCGGUCCGCAUGGACAAACCCCCCAACAUGAAGCACAGCGGGUAUCUUUACGCUUUAGGCCAGAGAGUCUGGAAGCGAUGGAAGAGGAGAUAUUUUGUGCUUGUUCAGGUGAGUCAGUACACAUUUGCUAUGUGCAGUUACCGGGAGAAGAAGUCCGAGCCGCAUGAGCUGAUGCAGUUGGACGGGUAUACGGUAGAUUACUCUGAUCCGCAGCCAGGUCUUCAGGGAGGCAGAGCCUUCUUCAGUGCUGUCCGAGAAGGGGAUCUAGUGGUGUUCGCCAGCAAUGACGAUCAGGAUCGCGCUCUUUGGGUCCAAGCCAUGUACCGUGCCACAGGUCAAUCCUAUAAACCAGUAGCGCCUGCCCAGAACCAGCAGAACUGCAGAGGAGGGAACGCCCAAAAAGAUGCCCCCGUGUCCUUACUCAGUUUGGAGAAGACUCAGAGACAGGGAGUGGAGGAGCUCAUCUCUGCCAUGCCAUGCAACUUCGACCACGCCAGCCUGUUCUUCAUCCUGCAGAAACACACACUCAUACACCGCAUGAACGACUCAUUUUCCUGCCUGGGUUGGUUCAGCCCAGGCCAGGUGUUUGUUCUGGACGAGUACUGCGCUCGAUACGGGGUGAGGGGCUGUCAUCGUCACCUCUGCUACCUGAAAGACCUGAUGGACUUCUCUGAUAACAACGCCCUGGUGGACCCGACCCUGCUCCACUACAGCUAUGCCUUCUGUGCCUCACACGUCCACGGAAACAGGCCGGACGGCAUGGGCACAGUGACAGAACAGGAGAAGGAGGAGUUUGAGGAGAUCAGGAGCAGACUGCUGACUUUACUGGAGAAGCAGAUCACACAUUUCAGGUACUGUUUCCCCUUCGGGAGACCAGAGGGGGCUCUUAAAGCCACGCUCUCUCUUCUGGAACGGGUUCUGAUGAAAGACAUCUCCACGCCGGUCCCACCUGAGGAGAUGUGUAAGAUAGUUCAGAAGUGCCUGGAAAAAGCUGCGCUCAUCAAUUACUCCCAGCUGACUGAAUACGCCAAGAUCGAAGACAGCAGUCAGGCGUCUCCAGAGAAAAGGCUGGAGGACAUGAUCAGACUAGGAGAGCUGUGUAUGGAAGUGUUACAACAGAACGACGAGCAUCACUCGGAGGCCUUCUCCUGGUGGCCAGAGGUGAUGGGGGAGCACGCCGAGACCUUCCUGUCUCUGUACACAGUGGACAUGGACACAGCGUUGGCCGUCCAGCCGCAGGACUCCUGGGACAGUUUCCCCCUCUUUCAGCUGCUCAACAACUUCCUCCGAACUGACCCUCACCUGUGCAAUGGGACGUUCCAUAAGCACCUCCAGGACCUGUACAUCCCUCUGGUGGUGCGCUACAUUGACCUGAUGGAGUCGUCGAUAGCUCAGUCCAUUCAUCGAGGCUUUGAGCAGGAGACGUGGCAGUCUGUGAAGACCAUCACCAACAAUCUGCCCAGGGUUCCCAACCUGCCUCUUAACCUUCCUCAGAUGCCCAGCUUCUCAGCCCCUUCCUGGAUGGGGCCGCUGUGUGACAGCAAUGGACAAGGAAUGAAUUUGCCAGAUAUUUUUAAUGGCUCGGCCACAUCAGAAGAUCUAUUCUGGAAGCUGGAUGCUCUCCAGAUGUUUGUGAUGGACCUGCACUGGCCAGAGCCGGAGUUUGCCAAACAUCUGGAGCAGAGGCUCAAACUGAUGGCUAGUGAUAUGAUGGAGGCCUGUGUCAAAAGGACCAAAGCUGCCUUUGACGCUAAAAUGCAAAAGUCUUGCAGGUCGACUGAUUUCCGCGUCCCCUUGUCUGUGUGCACAAUGUUCAAUGUUCUCAUGGAUGCCAAGAAGCAGUGCUCCAAGCUCUGUGUCCUUGACCAAGGCCAGGAGGUUGAGCAGCAGUGGCAGCAGUACCACUCAAAAAUCGAUGUCCUGAUCGAUGAGGCCUUUAAGGAAAUGAUCUCCUCCUUGGUCUCAAAGUUUGCAGCUGUUCUGGAUGGGGUGUUGUCCAAACUCUCACGAUACGACGAGGGAACAUUCUUCUCCUCCAUCCUGUCUUUCACAGUAAAAGCUGCUGCCAAAUAUGUGGAUGUUCCAAAACCUGGUAUGGAUCUAGCAGACACCUACAUCACCUUUGUACGACAGAACCAGGAUAUUCUGCGUGACCGUGUGAACGACGAGAUGUAUGCUGAGAAAAUCUUUGACCAAUGGUACAACUCUUUGAUGAAGGCGGUGUGCGCCUGGCUGACGGACAGACUUGACCAGCAGCUGCAUGUUUACCAACUCAAAACUCUCAUCAAGAUUGUCAAGAAGUCGUACCGUGACUUCCGGCUGCAGGGUGUGUUGGACGGCACGUUAAACAACAAGAGCUAUGAGACCAUUUACAACCGGCUCACUAUCGAGGAAGCCACGGUGGCCGUGUCGGCCGCGGACGGUCUGCAGGGCAUUACAAUGAGAGACAGUGAUGAAGAAGAGGGUUAACGUCCCACCUACUGGACAUCAUAAACUUGAAACAAAGAGGUCUGAUUCCAGCUCUCCUGAUUGGAGAUCACGCUUCAUGCUCCCUAGCCAGUGCUGCACUGCCCUCUUGUCUAAGCCAGUGUCACCAUGCUUGUAUAAAACUCUCAUUGGCCACUUACAGACAGCUAAAGUGUCUCUGUCGUUUUGUAUUUGAUGUGCAGUGAUACGGUGGCUCAUCACAAGGCAAGCUCGGGAAGCAUUUGUAGGCAAAAAUUUACCCACAUAGAACCAGCCGAUGAUUUGUAAGUGUAUCAUAGACAUGGUGUACUGGAGUGAAAACUAGAAAUACAGAGCAUGAGGGAAGUAGCAUCUGCUUGUGUGCUGUUUUUUUAUUUAUUUUUUUUGCAUCAGCUUCGGAUCCUCAGGCCAAAGCUGAUGAUGAAUGAAAUGCUAGUUGUUCACCGUUUAUUCGAUGGAGUCGUGACACUGUUCAACUCAAUAGCUAUGAAUUCACAUUCAGAUUCUUCUGUACAAGUGUGUCAUGUAUAGUAUGCUGUCAAUGUCCAACUAUGUUUCAGAUGAAAGAAAAUGUCACUGGAUUUUAGCAAGAGCUGUAUAUUUCUAUUGUCUUUGUGCACCUGAGAUUGCCCAGGUGUCUUAAGUGUUACAAAUAAAGUGUUUGUAAUGUCA